ACUUCCGGUUGCGUUUGGCCUGUGUGCAAGAUUUUUUGGGUUUAGCAGUAUUCUCGCGUAGUGCCUGUGUUAUCCUAUUUCAUCCGUCACUAAACUCAAUUGUAAUUGCAAUUUGCAGAUCUAUAUCUCAAAGGGAUAUAUUUUGUUUGUCGUAUGUCCAUCCAGAAUCUUAACACAUUCGACCCCUUUGCAGAUGCAAUCAAGGGUUCAGAUGAUGAUGUCCAAGACGGUCUCGUGCAUAUAAGGAUUCAGCAGCGAAAUGGUCGUAAGACCUUAACCACGGUGCAAGGACUCUCUUCGGAAUAUGACUUGAAAAAAAUUGUACGGGCAUGUAAAAAGGAGUUCGCCUGCAAUGGGACAGUAAUCGAGCACCCGGAGUACGGGGAGGUGCUGCAGCUGCAGGGGGACCAGCGAGAGAAUAUAUGCCAGUGGCUAACAAAAUCAGGUCUGGCAAAGCCUGACCAGUUGAAGGUUCACGGUUUUUAAAAAAACCAACCACCCAUGCCACUACCUAAGAAAACUCCACAGCCAUUACCACCAGCAACACCUCAUCAUCAUAAAUUAUCUGUAUCAGUCGCUUCAACUUGUUGAUACUUCGUGGGAUAUCCUGUUAUAUAUAUACGUAUAUAUAUUUCAAUAAAAAAAAAAAAGAAAAUAUAUAUAUAUAAAAAAAAUAAUUUGAAAAAUUUGAAGAAAAAAAACGUUAAAAUAGAAGAAAACAUAACAGUAUACCGUAUAGGCAUAAUAUUCUAAUAAUAUUAUAGGAAGCAAUAUUUUUCAGCCUUAUGUUAGGUAAAAUCCGCUUAAAAACUUUUGUCACAUAUUAAAUAGUUAUUGUAGAAGAAUUUAAAGAGAAUUAGAAUUUUGAAGAAUAAGAAGAGAAAAAAAGGAUCAUACAUUAUAUACGAAAUAGGUACAGAUACUGAUAGCAACGGAUGGAUUUUGGUUUUGGCAUUAGGUAAUAUGUAUUUGGGUGCAAUUGAUGUAUUCAGAGAAGACGCAGCUACUGUCACUAGGCGUCAGAUUGGAUUCUCAUAAUUUGUAAAACUGUCAAUUUAUUUUUUUGUGUAUACAGUAAGGACAACAAACGCUAGUUUGUGCUUGAUAAUUUAUGGUUGGUUUCUCAAUUUUCGUGCCUUUAAUCCCGCAGCAACUGUAUUAUUUAUUAAAAUAUAGUAUUUUAAUUG